UUUUUUUUUUUGGUAAAAAAUACCCUUCUCGUUACCACCGCGAAAAUCUCCUCUUGAAUCAGAGGACGGAAUUCACUCGACCUUUCCUUUCCAUAUCUAUAUAUCUUCUCUUCUCCUUUUGCAAAUUAGAAACUCGCCUCCACCAACGACGGUAAUGGCAAACCAAAACGCGGCCGCCGCCCAAAACUCAUCGUUCAGUGUCCAAAGUACUGAAGAACUGCAGAGGAUCUUCAACCAGUUCGACGCUAACAAGGACGGAAAGAUCUCCGUCUCGGAGCUCGGCGACGUACUCAAGGCAUUGGGAACCACCUACUCUCAGGAGGAGCUGCAGCGCGUCAUGGAGGACAUCGACAUCGAUCGUGACGGCUUCAUUAACCUCUCGGAAUUCGCCGCUCUCUGCCACACUUCCCACGACGCUGACACGGCCGCUAUCGAGUUGCGCGACGCUUUUGAUUUGUAUGAUCAGGACAAGAACGGCCUGAUUUCGACCUCCGAGCUGCACCUGGUGUUGAACCGUUUGGGGAUGAAGUGCUCGGAGGAAGAUUGCGCGAGGAUGAUCCAGUCCGUUGAUUCUGAUGGCGAUGGGAGCGUCAACUUCGAGGAGUUCCAGAAGAUGAUGAACGCCUCCAACAACACUAACGGUGGAUCUGCGCAUUAGGAUCCGAUUUGGAUACAGAUCAAGAGCUUCAAUGAAUCUGUUCGACUUCUUUUCUUGAAGGAUCAUAAUAACUGGGAUGGUUUUUGGGUAGGGGCCUAUCAAAGUAAUGGUCUUGUCAAGUUUUCUCUGGCAGCAUUUUUCAUGGUGUAUGUUUUUUCACCUCAAAGAAAAGCCUCUUGCGGCAGGACAAUGCUAAAUAUUAGGCGCCUUUAGGCAAGAGAUUUGAAUAUCUAGACUUGGGGAUGCAAUUGUUAGUGUAUUAAACAAAGUUUAAAGAACUCAUUUAAUAGUUUAUUCUUUAUAGUUCAUCAGAAAUUUUUAGAUUAAAUAUGGUGAAGUGAGUGUGUAAUAUAUAUAUAUAUAUAUAUAUUUAUCGGUUUGAACGUGUCUACUUGUAAUGUGACUUGUUAAUGGAAAAAAAUGUUCUUAGAUGAGUCACACCUAAGAGAGUGAUGUGUGAUUUGGACUUCAAUUUUUGUUUGCGGAUCCUUGUUUGUUUCUUGCACAGGAGGACUAUAUUAUUCUCAAGAUAAGGAUGAAGUGAACUUGGCCCCCAUUUCUAAUAACAUAUUUAAAAGUGGGAGACUUCAAUUUAGAGGUCACAAGUUCAAGCUUAGAGUCAAUGGGAAGGGAUAAGUGAAAAUGGGAUGGUUUUCCCCCCUUACAUAGUAUCUCAUCAAAUGUAAAAAAAAAAAUCUUUUCUCAAAUGAUGCAAUAUUUUUUAUUUAUCCCAUUUAAUAUGUUUUUGUUUGAUUAUUAAGAUGUAGUUUAUUUGUGAAGAUGGGUUAUUUUUACAAGAUCUUUGAAUUCUUGGCUGUGUAUAGGAUUUAAUAAUAGCUGAAUUCAAAU